UUUUUGGAGGGCGACUGGGGGGGGGGCGAGUAAUUUUUGGAGGGGCGUGCUCCCCCUGCGCACCCCUCUAGAUACACCACUGCUUCCUACAUCCGUGGUCAUAGCUCAUUUUUGGAGGGCCGUGUACCCCCACGCCCCCUCUUAGAUACGCAACUGCUUCCUACAUCCAUGAUCAUAGCUCCUUUUUUUUUUACAAAUUGAAGAGGAACUGAACAAAAAUAUCAAAGAAACGUCACUCACUGCUGAGCCCGACGGUUGUCGGCCGAUGUGAUUCUAUAGAGAACGCAACGCCACGACGCGCGCGCAACGGAUAGUUUUUAAUUACUAUCUGUUCUGACUGCUACCGUCAAUCAGCAGACGGCGUUGCGUCGUUUAUGGGCUCACGGGGAGCCGAGUUGGAUUCGUUGGUACGACGCAGUGAGUGCCCGGCUUCAUGGUAACAUUGAAAAGAAAACAAUUAAGCAGUGAUGGAACUAGUGAAUAGAUAGGCCUAAGUCAUUUGUAUGAGAGACGGUCUAGACUUUAAAUCUGUGUCAAUAUCGUAUAGUAAUUAGGCAUUAUUUGAUAAAUCACAAUUAAUACCCCUCCCAUGAAUACAUAAACGGUUUUUUUCCUUAAUUUUAACAAUCCACAGUCAAAAGCUAGCAUAGGGCAGUGUGUUCCACAGUCGUGUUCUGGUACAGAAUUGACAGCACUUAUGUACCGAAUUUUGGCAGUCGUUUCCCCUCUACCCAAGGGUGCGUAUGUUUAUUUCUUUUGUGAGGAGGAGGUGGGAUGGGAUGUCGAUGCCAUUGUUACAUUGUUUCUUUGCUGCUCGUUUCUGUUGUGCGUCGUUAUGGCCACCGCCUAUGACAUCUUCAGCUUGCAUAAAGAACAGAAGAGUAAAGAGGAUGGUAAAGUUAGGAUCCAGUUGGAGGGAGGCGAAGCGACUCCAGAAGAAACCAACGCUUUAAAUGAUGACAAUAAGAUUAAGGAAGUGAAUGGGGAUGAACAUGAAGUCGCAGUAGUUGAAGAAAAUAAAGAAAAACCAACAGAACGCAAGAAAAUGAAAGGCAUAGACAUUGGAGAUCUCGUGCGUGCAUUUUCACUCGUGCAUAACGCGUCGAAGAUUUUUAACACAAAAAUCCGACCGGGCUCAUUCCCCGCCCUUAAUGGUAUCCGUGUGCUUAGUAUGUUUUGGAUUAUUUUGGGGCAUACUAUUCAGUUUACGGGUUACAGAAUCGAUAAUGUCGGUUACGUAUUGACCACCAUAUUACCGAAGUUCUACUUUGUGACGGUAUGGAACGCCACGUAUGCCGUCGACACGUUCUUUCUCCUCAGUGGUCUUCUAUUAUGCUAUCUCACACUGAAAACGUUGAAAAAAUGCAAUGGCAAACUGAACUGGGGCCUGUUUUAUUUCCACCGUUGGUGGCGUAUUACUCCUGUUUACAUUAUGGCUUUGGCCAUUUGGUCGUCUUUAUUAAUCCAUCUGGCCGAUGGACCAUCUGCAAAUGCAACGUUCAACGGUGCUAGGCAACUAUGUAGGGACAACUGGUGGGCGAAUCUGCUGUAUAUUAAUAAUCUAUACCCUUUUCCUGGAAAUGUAGCUAAAAUGUGCAUGGGAUGGUCUUGGUAUCUGGCAGUUGAUAUGCAGUUCUUCAUCAUCACUCCGCCCCUUCUGAUUCUAUUGUUUAAACGACCCAGAUUAGGAAUCGCAGCGACUGCGGUUGUAUGCGUUGUCUCGUUCAUAACUACUGCGUCGUUAACGGGCUAUUGGGGACUGAAGGCUGGCUUGAAUUCUGGGUUUUACAAUAACCGAAGCUUAGAGAAUACAGGAGCUGAUAGGAUCUAUGCAAAGCCCUACACCCGGAUCUCAACUUACCUCGUCGGCAUUUUAACAGGAUAUGUCAUGUUUGCAUACGAAAGCCGUAGGCCUAAAAUCCCAAAGUGGGGAUUGGCUGUAGGGUGGAGUGUUUCCACCAUUCUGGCAAUGAUAGUUAUAUUUGGUGUCUGGAAAACAAGCAGCGGGAAGGAGCUAAGCCAGGGUGCGGCCAUCAUGUACCACACGUUCAGUCGAUUCUCGUUUGCUCUGGCCGUAGCUUGGGUCGUACUUGUUUGCGUUUUCGAUUACGGAGGGCCCGUCAACACGUUCUUGUCCUGGGGUAUUUGGGCGCCACUUGCUCGCCUCACAUUCUGUGCAUACCUGCUCCACCCAGUGUUGCUAUUUUUGUACAUCUUUCCAAGUAAAGUCCUCUUUCACUAUUGGGGUUUCCAAACGUUUUAUACUUUCAUCGCAACAAUAGUGCUGUCUUAUGCCGCUGCAUUUGUGUUGUCAAUAGUUGUAGAAGCACCAACAAUGGGCCUGGAGAAAAUGUUUUUUUCGCAAAAAAACUAAGUGACGCAAAAGUAGUUAGCAUAUGUAUUUUGAACCUUACAUGAUUAGGAUAGCUUUAUGGUUUAGUAUGAAUGAGGUUAGGUAUAAUUGAAUACUCAGGUUAGAUGUGUUUAUUAUCUCAUUAUAUACAAAUGAGGCUGUAUUGUAUACCGUAUGUUGUAAAGUACGCCCGGAAGUUAGGGUUGAGGGCCAAUUGACCUCAUUGAUCUUGUGUGUACUGUAGUCGAAGCUGUUUAAAUGUUUAGUCAUUAAGUUUUCACUAUAAGGGAUCAGAAUGUAGUAACACAAUUUUAAAAGUUGUACACGUUCGUUGGAUAGGUUAAUUAUUUGGAGUACGCAUGCACUCAAAUAGUUUUAAAAUAAUUGAUAACAUUAUAGAACUUCCAUGGUAUGCAACACACUGUGUUGAUUCAUAGCCAUGGAUAUAGUUUUGAUACUUGAACGUCAAUUGUGGGUGGUUUUCCUCACAAACGAACUACAGUAGUCUGAAUGAAAAACAAUGUCUUUUAGUUAACCUUUUCGAAAGACCUACUCAUAAUUAUUUUAAAAUUAUAUAGUUAUAGUGUAAAAUAUAGACCCUAAUCAUGUGACGGUAAUUUUAUUAAAUUAUGUUAGUGAUGGAAA